UCACCUCAUUGAUAAUGACAAACAGCCGUGAGGUGCGUCCCACCACUGAACAGCGCCUCCGGCUUCUCUCUGCACCGAGACACCACAUCGGCUCCUUCUUUCCAGGAAUCUCCCUCAGAAAGUCAUAAAAUAAACCAUCUCCCCCGCAAAGGAUUUUCCUUCAUCUGUUCCACGUCUUUGACACUGAGAGCAUCCGUCUGAAGAGCGAACCUCUUUCUGGUUUUGCAGGAUGCCCAUCUGUCCCGACGGCAGCUCGGUCUGGAUGCUUGCAGGGACGGAAACAUGGCUGUGAAUCUCGGCAAGAACAGACUGGCCCUGCUGACCGCCUACCAGGACGUCAUUGACGAGACCUCGGACACCGACUGGGCCUUGUACACGUACGAGGACGACAAUAAUGAUUUGACACUGGCAUCAUCGGGAGGAGGCGGUCUGGCAGAGAUCACGUUGACCUUUGACAGCGGCAGGGUGAUGUACGGCUUCUGCAGCCUUAAGGAGCCCGCCGCCGCUCUGCCACGAUACAUCCUCAUCAACUGGGUCGGGGAAGACGUGCCGGACGCCAGGAAGUGCGCCUGUGCCAGCCACGUCGCCACCAUCGCAGACUUCUUCCAGGGGGUGGAGGUCAUUGUCAACGCCAGCAGUCUGGAUGACAUCGACCCGUCAGCCAUCGGGCAGCGGCUGACCAACGGGACAGCGGCGGUGGCGAGUCCCGUCCUGAGCCGCCUGAGAACCCGAGACGAAGAGCAUGGAGACGUGGGCACCGUGUACGAGAAGACCAACGCAGAGGUGGAGAUGAAGAAAAUCAAUAGAGAGGAGUUUUGGGAGCAGGCCAAGCGCGAGGAGGAGCUGAGGAAGGAGGAGGAGAGGAGGAAGGCGGCGGAGGAGCGGCAGCGCUUCGAGGAGGAACGGAUGGAGCUGGAGAGGAAAGAGCAGGAGAACCGAGAGAAAAGGUACCGCGAGAGGGAGAGGCAGAUCGAGGAGCACAGGAAGAAGAUGCAGGAGGAGGAGGAGGCCAGAGAGAGGUGUCGGAACCAGACCACCAUGGCGGCAGACCCGAGCAUUGAAGACCUCAACCUGGACAAAAAGGAGUCUGAGGUGGAGGAGGCGAAGGCCAUCAUCGCUCAGCGGUCCGAGAACCCUCGAGAGUUUUUCAAGCAGAAGGAGCGAGCCAUGACCGUCAGCGUCGACAGCUCGCCCGUCUCCGUCCACAGGACCGGGGACAAUGACGACGAAGCAAGCACAGAGUGCAACAUGGCCCCCGUGUCACCCAUUCCUAAAAUAGUCACCACACCCAUCAAAGAGGACUUCAGCAGGGAGGAGGAAAAUGUCAGAGACGAGUGCGAUUCAGUGCCAAAGGAGGAGCAGAAACCGCCAGUCCAGGAGUCGACAUCCACCAAGCCCGUGCAGAGCGUCGCCCCGCAGGCCCGCGACUCCUCCGGCUUCUCUGUCUGGGAGUCUGGGACCGACAGCCUGGUCAACCUGUGGGACAGCAGCUCAGCUCCUCCUGCAAAUCCCUCCGAGACCUCCCACUCCUCCAAUCUGGUGGACCUGAUGGGAGACGCCGAUGUCCGUCGUGAUGAUGCCCUGCCCAACGCCGCCGCCACCGCCGCCGCCACUGCCACCGCCGGCGGCCGACCUCAGCCCCUCCUCAGCUUCGAUGACAUGAUGGACGGGACUUUCUGCUCGGGCACCAGCGCCGAGGACGACCCCUCCAGCCUGGUGGACGUGACAGGCCCCGACCAGAUGACCCUCAGCUACCAGCAUGCACUGCAGCAUGCGUCCGGGGAGGGGCAGGAGCUGGAUGACGGACAGCUACUGAUGACCAAUGGGGAGACGCUGCUGAAAGAAGGGACGCAGGCGAGCGAGGGCUACUUCAGCCAAUCACAGGAGGAAGAAUUUGGCCAAUCAGAGGAGUCCUCGGCUAAACCAGCGCCGGUCUUUUACAACAAGCCGCCAGAGAUUGACAUUACGUGCUGGGACACGGACCCCGUGGUCGACGAUGACGACGACUAAACCGGCCAAUCAGACACCACCACCGGACCAAGAGGAAGUAGGAAGUGCGCUUCAUGAAGAAACUGAUUUUUUUCUAAAAAACAAAACACAAACAAACAAAAAAAAGUAAUAAUAAUAACAAGUCUUGCAUCAAAACUACUUCUGUAUUAUCUUUUAGAGGAAACAAAAACAGUAGCCACAGAAAAAAAGACAGGUUUGAGUUAUUGUUACCGAGGGUUUGGAAGGCUCAGUUACGGGGGGUUUUUUUCUGUGCGUUUGUUGUUUUAUUUAUUUGUUUUUUCUUCUUUUUUUUCUUUUUUUUUCUUUUUCUUUUUUUUUCUUUUGCUAUGCAGAUGUAAUAGCGGGGAGCGGGGGACUUUUGUCUGUGUACAAGAUUUAUUACACGUUAACGUAGCGCACUGCUGCAUUUUAGAGACAAUAAAGCCUCGUGUGCGGCAGGCAGCCGACACACCUAGUCUGUAGUGCUUUAAUAACACCCUAUAAAACUAAUACAGUGGAUCAUUACAGCUGCCAUGUAUAUCUUCACUCUCUGAUUCUUUUCUUACCUCUUUUUCACAUCCCUCCUUCCCUCUGCCUUCCUCCCAAAAAUAUUCACCUCUGCAAGUCAGUUAAUCUUGUAUUUAGCCUUCACGUCAAUGGAAAAAAGGUGAAAUAUUUUAUUUAUUCUGGUGUACCUGAACUUCUUUUACGAGCAGAAAAAGAAGGAAAUCCAUUCUCGAGAUCAAAUUCAUGAAACAAGUCCUAUUGUGGCUCCUUUUGUAUGAUUUUAAGACUGAAUUCAAGAUGAAAUGGCUUGUAAAUCUGGUUGCUUUUUUCAGUGCACUUUUAUUUCUUCUUCUGCCUCCUUGUCGAUGAACCGCAGCUUCUCCAUCAGCUCUCCCUUCUGCUUCCAUAAAGUUCAUCAUUUUUACCCCGCUUAUAUUAUGAAACCAUUCUUUGCAUCCAAUCUAGAUGAGUAUACUGUAGAAAGUUUUCCAAGUAUUAACAUUUUUUUUUAGCAGAGGCUUGUUUUGAAACCGCCUUCAGCUUGUGCACAGCAGAAAUAAAACACAAUCAAUGCUUUGUAAUAUUCUUAUUCUCAUGUAGAGAUCCCUCCAAAGGCUGUCAAUCAAGUCGGUUUAAUUAAAAAUCCCAAAAUCCAAAGUUUGUCUGAGAGAGACUCUGUACAACAUCCGGUCAGAAACCUGCGGGGAAGGGAAAUAAUAUUGAGCCCAUUCCGUUUUCUGGGGACAAAAGCAGCAAUGAGCAACUUAACUAUACACUCACUGUUCACAGAACAGAAAAAGGUUUUGUUUUGUGUUUAAAAUGCACAAAAACAGACCGAUUGUACUCAUCAUGGCCAGUUUAUUUGCCAGAGGGAGUGACGUAUAAUGUCCCCUGUGGCUCUGGAGGCGCUUUGUCAAGUCUAAUAAUUGAAUAUGUAACAGCGCAUCACUCACAGGAGCCAUUGUUUGCAUUGAGUACUUUUACUUUUAAUACUGUAAGUAGUGUGGUGAUGGUUGAAGGACAGCUCCUUAUAUUUUCAAAGCGAUUAUUAUUAAAACGAUUGUCACAAGUUCAGCCGAAGCGGAGUUGGAUUAGAUGAACCGCGUUGGUUUCCUCCAAAGUCUCAAUCUCGUCAGUACAAAACUUUCUCUGUUUGUGUUACUGUCCCUCUCUCGUAGCUCUUACUAGCUUCAGCUGAACUCUGUGAUGCAGUUUUACCCGAAAUGAGGAACGUGGAUUUGGUCCCCCAUCGUUUACACUGGAAUUGUUUAUAGAGGGGAUCCCUUCACAGCACAGUACCGACAGUAUCGAGGAACAAUUACAGCGAUAAACAGACCUUAAAAUGUAUAUUUUGGCAUGUAAGUAUGGUAUUAACAUAGACUUCAAAAAAAUGUGAAGCUAUCCUUUAAGUAAAGGGUCUGAAUCCCUCCUCCAUGUUUCUGAGUCUUCGGCUUCAAGGUUGACUGUUCGUUUUUUAAAACCUGUUCUAUGGCAGUGCAAUUCAUAGUCGUCCUACAGCCGCUGUAGGUAGGAGCACCGCCGUCAGGGGGAGGGUUUCGUGAGCUCUCCCCGAAGUCGCGACGUCCUAAUACGCAACCGAGCCAAUAGAGCGCUAUGAAAUGACGAGGCAAAAUUAUUUUCAAAUUCUUCCAGGUGGAGGGGUAACAGGAAGAAGUCAAGGGAUGCAGAAGGGGCCGAGCUGAUGAGCAGAAACUCAAGUCUCAGUAGUCAGUACAUUUGGAAACUUAGCAGUUAGCACAGUAAAGAAAAGACAACAGGGGCUCAGUAGAAGGGCUUCGCCCCUGGACAAGGCUAGAAACACCAGAAACUUUCCAGAGUUUGCGGGAAAAUAUUUGGAAGCAAGUUUCCCGUUCUCCAAGCAGCGUAACACAAACGCUGAAAGUGAUUUUUUUUUUUUUUAACGCUCUCUGACCCACGUCUGAUGCCCGACUGCUUUUCUUCUGUGCCAACGCAACAAGUACCACAUGUAUUUUAUUUUUAUUUUUUUAUUGAUGUGAUGGUUUAGUCGCCCUGGAGACUGGAGUGAGAGGCGGGACGGGCUGAGACGGGAGGCGUGUGUGUUUUUAAUACCUGACGAAAAGUGUGCUAGAAUUGACUUUCAGGACCUUUUUGAAUAUUAGCCACAACAGUGUUAGUCUUUUUGCUGUAAAUUCCUGUAGAAAAUAAAAACUCCUAGGCAAUAAUAACACCCGUGUGUGUGUAGAGCACCUGAAUACUGUGUGUGUUCACCUGAAGGGAAGAGUCCAGCUUCCCAAAAGCAUCAUUUGUUCACAGACCAACUGAUCCUGGUGUUAAGCUGCUCUCGGGGAUCCGGUUUGAUUUAUACCUCUGCAUCCUGAAUGAUCAGGGGACAGGAAGAGGACGUGUUCAGAUCCAGAGUAAAUUUGACUGAAUUCCGUGAAAUGAGGCUCGAGUAGUGAAUAAAUAUCCAGAGCCUUUAACGAAUGUCGAAAGGCGGCAGGAGCAAAAAUAGAGCUGGAGAAAAGUAAAAGAAACGGCUGGAGUUCUUGGUAAGUUUUGAAAUUGGUGCAGGUUAUCACAUACAAAUACAGCUUCUGCCUGUGUUUCCAGUGUCUGUGCUUUCAUAUCCACUGGUUGUUUGGGGCCAUGGGUGCCAGCAGAGGGGGCCCUGGGCUGAACAAGGGCCCUCAAAAAUGAGACUGUCCUCCCAGGAAAAACGAUAGCAUGAGUCAAUUCAGCAAAUCCCCCAAAUCGUCUGCUGAAUGUGCAGAACUGUACAAAAGUUUUAGGCAGUAAAAAAGAAAAAAAAUUAAUGCCACGAAUACUUUUUAUUUAUCAAUUAACAUCCAAAGUGCAGUAAACAGAAAAAAAAACCUUAAACAGACCAGUAUUUGUUGUGACCCCCCUUUUGCCUUUAAGCCAGCACCAGUUCUCGUCGGUGCGCCUGCGCACAGUUCUUCAGGUUCUUGGCAGGAAGGUUGUUCCAGCAUCCUGAACAACCUGCCACGGUUCUUCUGUGGUUUCAGUCUGUCUCAGUGUCUCUUGUCUCUUCUCGUGAUCCCAGACUGACUCCAUGAUGCUGGGAUCAGGACUCUUUGGGGGCCAGACUCCUUGUUCUUCUGGUCCCUGUAGAUAGUUCUUUAUGACUCUGGCUGUAGGUUUGGACUCGCCGUCCUCCUGCAGAACGAAUCUGGGACGGAUCAGACGCCUCCCGAUUGGGCUGAGUGAUGGAGAAGAACCCGAACAUCUAAAGUGCCUAAAGGUUUUGCACGUUACUGUACAUUCGAGUGAUAAAGGUCCCUGGCAGUCAGAGGAAUUAUGACUCAAAGCACUGGACUGGACACACGAGUCAACUGCUCACUCCUCGUUCAACAGUCAGCAGUGUUUUCUUUUACCCAUGACCCCAGUCGCUCCGCAAUCUGGACCACGUGUUUAUUUCUGUCGCCAUGACAUGGAAGGCCCCCUCACCUUAACACAGGAGUAACUGUGACUCCAACCGUGAGCUUUCUUCAUCGUUCAGCUUUCAAUGCCAGACAAAUUUCUUCCAGUUGGAAUAAUCCCAAACCUCUACAGCUCUUAUUAAAGUUACUUUAAAAAAAAGUUACCACACAGUGGAAACAUACCAGUUAAAAAUGUUCACUGCACAACAAAAUGAAAACUAGAAAAUGUUGCGUCGGAGUUGGAUCAGAGGUAUAAAUCGGAACACAGCGACCUGCGCAGCAGCACUUCUCAACCUUAUUUUUUCCAAAAGAAAAGAAAAGAUUCAACUUGACACUAGUUAUUUACUGAGUACAAAACCUUUUGGAGUCAGACAAGAGGCACAAAGUGAGCUGCAAGUUAAGGUCUAAUUCGGGUAAAUGUGAAUGGAUCGUGUUUACCAGACUACGGAUCCAUUUUCGACAGCAAUAUUUGCGUAAAUCUGUGAGAGAUCUUGAACCUGAUGCUUUUCAAAAAGUCAUUUGCUUCGGUCACUGUUACGAACAACCUCAGACGACCCGAUGACAGCGAGAAAGCCAAACGCAUCCGGAGAAUGAGGUGUGUGUUCUGGAGAAGAGCUGAGCGAAACUUGAGUUGACGCUCACACUGGCCUGCACCUCGCUAUGUUCGCGCUCUCAAAGUUAGAAUCUGAACGUUAAAAACACCAAUUUCACUGGUGAUUUGGAAUCAGAAAUGUCAAUGGGAAUAAUCAACAUGCGGUCUGGGUUCAGGUUUCAGGAAUGGAUUCUUCUCCCUUCGAGAUUUCUGUACAAACCUUUGGAGAAUAUUUGUUCAUUUUAAGGUCUCUAGGAUGUUGAGGGCUUAGAGUUUUGCCUUGGUUAGUUCACACACACAUCUGUUUCUGUUUUUUUGCCAUUCUGAACAACCUGACUGCUCCGAACCCUGCAGCCAAACCCGGCCGUGCUCGUUGAACAUAUCAGUUGAGGAAACCGCUGCUGGUCCAUGUGACCAGGAGAAGCUUGUUUUGAGAUCAGGAGCUUAGAAGCUGCUUGUUUCUGCUCUGAAACAUUUCCUCUCCUCAUCCCCCUCACACACUUUCUUUUUGAUCCCCCCCCCCAUUUCCACUCACCUUACAGUUCACGCCUCCACCACUAGAUGACCCCACUGUCUGUCCUUUACACUGCUGGGCUGCCUCUGCACUAUCACUCUCUGAGAGGACUCCCGUCCAUUUCCUGUCCUCUUCCCUCUGAUGUUUCACUCUGCUCUUAAUAGCCAACUUGCAGUACAGACGUAGCAUUGCCACUAAGUCACACUUGCGAUUGUCAUCAGUGAUAACCUGUAACCUGUCUAGCACUUUUCCUUCUGCUAAUGUUUAGAAUAGAUUUCUCAUGGUGCAGUUCUCCAAGACUGUCGUUUCUCAUAACAACGACCUUGAGCUCUAUUUACUCUGAUAAUCAAGUACUAUUCAAUCAUGAUUGCAACAUGAUUGGUAGGUUCAGGAGCUGCCGUCCUUCAGCUCGGCUUUAAGGUCCCAUAUUAUUCAGGUUUCAUUACAAAUUCAUUACAGCUCAGAAUAACAGCGAAAUUCUUCCUCUUCAUGAUGCCGACCUGAUGUUUUUUACUGCUCCGGUGGCAGGGAAGGAAAGUCCACCACAUGCAGCCAUGAUAGCAGGAUCAUUUUAUUUCAGCACAUACGAUGUUCGUCAUUAUACAAACACACACACACACGCGCUAAAUAUCCAGAGAUUUGGCAGAUAUAUUGCUCGAGAAAGGACCAGAUUGUGGCCUGAAUUCCCAGGAAAUAGCAGGAUGUCAAAUCCCAGUAUUCAACCCUCAUAAGUAUAUUUUGAUUUCCUAUAAUGUGGGACCUUAAAAAUUUUCAAGCCUGAGUUGGGCUGAGUUUUGGUGUUUUUUAUGACUGAUUUCAGCACAUCUCCUCACAUAUCUGCUUUAUGUAGAGCCCAGGAGCAAUAAAGGUAUCGACUCAUAACCAUAUCUUGGUGUAAAUAGCUUUGACUGAUUUUACUAAUCCUUGUACUGAACUAAAUCUCAUUACUGUUGCUAUUAUUGCUGCACAACUAACCUGUCUCUGUACCUUUGACCGUGGAAGGUUGGGGCAUUUAUGGGGCUUGUUUAUGCACAGACGGAGACAUUUUUUCAGGCUUUUGUCCAUUUGACGAGGCUUUUGAACAGAUUUUUGAGAGGAAGAAAAAAAACUUCCUCUGAGCUGUUUUGUUGUGGUGGUGUGAGAGAGGGAAGGUG